GAUCGGGUGUAGCCCUGCGCUGAGUACAUGAGUGAGGGAGUCAAGCUCAACUCAAAGAUCAAGCCGGCCAGGUGAAAAAUCACCGUAUUUUCAAUGACUGUUUGUGUUGUGAAGCACAAAAGUGCGGUGUGUGUGGAUUUUUCCUGUCGUUCGUGAGCUCACUCACCUUGUUGGCUGUGUUAUGGCUUCUGGUGGAGAGAUAUUUGAUGCGGAGUGCAUCAAGAAGAGGCGCAUUCGCAAGGGCGUGGAAGAAUUCUUGGUGAAAUGGAAGGGUUACUCGGAUAAAGACAACACCUGGGAACCUAGGCAAAAUAUCAUUGAUGAUCGACUUUUCAUCAACUUUGAAAAGGAGCAAAGUCCAAGUGGCUCAGGCUACUCAUCAGGGAAAGGCGCUGACAGUGCUGAUAAGAAGAAGGUUGCAAAGCAGCAGAAGCGAGCGCAGUCCAAGUCGCUCGAUGGUACGCCGGCGGGAAAGCGGCCGAAGUCCAGCAAGUCUGCAUCAUCGUCCGGCGCCCUGGUUGCCACGGCGACGGGCAGCAAGUCCGGCAUGGCGUCCGGCGCCAGCCUGGAGCAGCGACGUGCUCUGUCCCGGCCGCUCACGUUCUCCACCUCCGCACAGUCCUCGUCAGCCGCUCUAAGUUCUAUAACGGCGGACGGACGCGUGCACCUGGCAGCUGGCGUCGAUUCCGACAGCAACUCAUCGUCAACGAGUUCCUCGUCGGACUCCUUCUCGGAUAGUUCGUACGAGCCUGACGAGUCCGCAAAGAAUGACGUUGCAGUGCAGCCGGAAUCGAAGGCGAACAGCUAUGCGUCUUCUCGAUCUUCUCGUGCCUCCAACACUGGCAGUCUACCGCCGCCGUCGCACGAUGCUGACUUGCUCGAGCCAUUGAAGCUCAAGCAGACGGGAUACGAGCCGUCGGCGGAUAUCUCCAUGGAGCCCGAGGACUUCUUUGACAACCGAGUGGUUGGCGACGUUGCAGAUCUGCAGGACAAUCCCGUCCUGGCGCUCAGUCCCACGUUUGGCCACACUGUCUCCAACCCGCCGUUUGACAUGGCGGAUCCUGCCUCUCCAUUUCUAGACCUGACCAUGUCUGAACGAGGAUCUCCGCAGCCCGCGUCAUCGGCAUCGUCAACUGUGGACCAGUCCACAUCAGCUAGGGCAGCCUCCUCCUCCGUGCCGUCUAAGACGCUGACGCCGGAAAAGAAAGACGCAUCGACGGCGAGUAAAAAGUCCGUCACCCCGACGGCCAAGCCGCAGUCCAACUCGCCGGCAUCGAAACUGACCAGCAAGGCUACGUCCUCUCCUAAAUCAGUUUCUGCUCUCACUGCUGCCUAUGCCAGUCAGCAAAACAGACUUCCCGGUCAGUCGGCGGAUGCUGCUUCAACAUCGACACGACCUCCGAAGACAUCCGCAGUGGCAAGCUCCGCUUCGAAGCUCUCUCCCCGAUCAGCCCUGAAAUCAACAACAAACUCGCACUCUGACCACCGUGUCGGUACCUCGAAUCACCGCCAUCAGAUCCUGGACAGCAGUGGACAUAUCCUUGAGGAAAUCGAUGCUGCCGACCCGAGACCUCCUGUCAGUGGAACGCUGGCCACUCUCAUCGCUGCACCCGUAGAUAACAAGAAAGGAGGUAUGAACCGGACAGGCUGGGUACCACCAGGUUGGGUACCGCCAGCCGACGAGGCCAGCCCCGUGCAGAUAACGUACGUGACGCACAACGGACUGCGCGUCGUCUUCAAGGAGAGCAACACUGGGCACAACUUCUUCAACGGUCAAAGGUAGUGGAACGUUGACGUCUGACACUGCUCGACUACCAAUGUCGACCGUGUCACAUCCGCAGCGCCGGUCCCUGCCGAGUCAUCCAGCUAUCGCCCGGGGCGGGGGCGGGUGUGUCGGGCACUAUGAACGUCGUCCCGCCAUCGCUCAAGGAAGAGGGGAGUUCUCCGCAUCGUGAACUCUUGCCCUGCUGAUGAUGUUAUCUUCGAAGAUGUCCGUCGCUACUGAAGACCGAGUGCCGCUUCGCAGGCAUCUCUGAUCGUCCAUGCCUGGUUGCCGUGGCGGUACUGUACGCAUGUACACUGCAGUGAUCAGUCCAUCACAGUACUACCGGUUACUGUUCUAUUGCUCAUCUUGUCUAACUGGAAGCAAGGCAAGCAGGAACACUGCACGGGAAUGUGCUCACCCGUAAGGGUGUCCAUGUCGGGUCGAGCGCAUCCGCUGGCCAUGUCAUCUCACUGCACGGCUGUGUCAUCUCACUGCAUGGCGUACUCCAGUGCAUACCACGAACCAGUGUACUGGAAUCUACACCACUGUGUCGACAUCAUCAGUGAGUCAUGGCUUCUAGGCGUUGACAUCAUCGGUGAGUCAUGGCUUCUAGGCGUUGACAUCAUCGGUGAGUCAUGGCUUCUAGGCAUUGACAUCAUCAGUGGAUCGUGGCUUCUAGGCACUGACAUCAUCAGAAUGUGCCCAUCUGCUGAGCACUGGCUGUCCGGUGGAAGU